AUGAAGUCCAUAUGGUCUACGGAUUUUCUGAAAUCCUCUUCAUCUGUUAGAAUUAUCUCCCUCUUACUCUUCUCCCUCACCCUUUUUCUCUUUCUCUUCACGCGUUUCUCCCCCACUUCUUAUUCUUCCUUCGCAUUCUCCUCCGCCGCCGUCGAUGCACUCUCGAAGGGGCAACCAUCAUCACCUUCUCCUCCUCCUCUUCCUCCUCCUCCUCCUGCCCUGGCUCCGUCGCCGAAAAUGUUCCUUGUGCCGCCGUUACCGCCUGUGGAGCGGAUGGGGGUGUUGGACGGGAACGGCGUGAUGACGGAGGAUUUCAGAGUGGGGGAGUUGGAUCUGGGUUUUGAGGAGGAAUGGGUAAACGGCAGCAUUUUAAGCGGGGCGAAGGAGAGUGAUGGUGUGAGGAAGAAAGUGGAGAAGUACAAGGUGUGUGAUGUGAGGAUGGUGGAUUACGUGCCGUGUUUAGAUAACAAGAAAGCGAUUGAGAAGUUGGAAGGGAGCUUGAGAGGGGAGAAGUACGAGCGGCAUUGUCCCCAAGAAGGGAUGGGCCUAAACUGUCGGGUGCCGCAGCCCAAAGGGUACCGGAGGCCCAUCCUUUGGCCUAAAAGCAGAGACGAGGUUUGGUUCAGUAAUGUACCCCAUACACGUUUGGUUGAGGAUAAAGGUGGCCAAAAUUGGAUAUCAAUAAAGAAUGAUAAAUUUGUUUUUCCUGGUGGUGGAACUCAAUUUAUACAUGGUGCAGAUAAAUACCUGGAUCAGAUUUCCGAGAUGGUUCCUGACAUUUCAUUUGGUCACAACACCAGAGUUGCAUUAGAUGUUGGCUGUGGAGUGGCAAGUUUUGGUGCCUUUUUGAUGCAACGUAAUGUGACCACUCUUUCAAUAGCUCCAAAAGAUGUUCAUGAAAAUCAGAUUCAAUUUGCGCUUGAGCGAGGCGUGCCUGCCAUGGCAGCAGUGUUUGCUACACACCGUUUGUUGUUCCCUAGCCAGGCAUUUGAUCUGAUUCAUUGUUCAAGAUGCAGAAUUAAUUGGACUCGUGAUGAUGGAAUUUUGCUUCUUGAGGCCAACAGGCUCCUGAGGGCAGGUGGCUACUUUGUCUGGGCAGCACAGCCAGUUUACAAACAUGAAGAGACCCUUCAAGAACAAUGGAAAGAAAUGGAGAACCUGACAACUCGUAUUUGCUGGGAACUUGUACAAAAGGAAGGUUAUAUUGCUAUAUGGCAGAAACCUAUGAAUAAUAGCUGCUAUCUUAGUCGAGACAUGGCUGUGCAUCCUCCAUUAUGUGAGUCCAAUGAUGAUCCAGAUAAUGUUUGGUAUGUGAAUCUUAAGGCUUGCAUCACACAAUUACCUAGUAAUGGAUUUGGAGCAAAUGUUACAAAGUGGCCUUUGCGUCUUCAUGAACCACCGAAAAGGCUUCAAAGCAUCCAAGUGGAUGCCACUAUAUCUAGAGAUGAACUCUUGAGGGCUGACACAAAAUAUUGGUUUGAAAUAAUAGAAAGUUAUGUCCGGGCUUUCCGUUGGCAGGAGUAUAACCUGAGAAAUGUAAUGGACAUGAGGGCAGGAUUUGGAGGGGUUGCUGCUGCAUUGCAUGAUCUUCAGAUUGAUUGUUGGGUUAUGAAUGUUGUCCCUGUUAGUGGAUUUAAUACCUUGCCUGUUAUAUAUGACCGUGGACUGAUAGGCGUUGCGCAUGACUGGUGUGAACCAUUUGACACAUACCCAAGAACGUAUGAUCUGCUGCAUGCAGCAGGUCUUUUCUCUGUUGAAAAAAAGAGGCAAAAGUGUAACAUCUCAACCAUUAUGCUUGAGAUGGAUCGGAUGCUAAGACCAGGAGGGCGUGUAUAUAUUCGUGACACCACACUUGUUAUUGGUGAACUUCAAGAAAUUGCAACUGCAUUGGGAUGGUCAAAUUCCCUAAAUGAUGUAGGAGAGGGUCCCUAUUCAAGUUGGAAGAUAUUAAGGUCUGAGAAACCAUUCUGA